CGCGAGCGCGCGGCGCGCCGCCUGCCGAGGCUACUCCCGCGGUGGUGGCGGACCGGGCGACCCUCUGCCGGUCCUCUGUCCUCUAGGUCUGCGGCUCCGGCGGGCUCCCGAGGGCACCGGCGGGGCUCUGGGUCGGUCGUGGGGGCACUUCCUCAACAGCUUGGGCCUCGGCGCGCCGGGCACGGCCGCGGCGGGCGGCGGGCCCGUCUCCUAGAUCCAUCCCGUGAGGGCAGGGAGCUGGUCUGCUACCUUCAGGGCGGUGUCUCCAGGCCCUGGCGCGUGGUAGGUAAUCCUAGAGGCCCGAGUCAUCCUCAGACUGGCAGAAUGAAAGACUGGCUCAGGGUUUUUGACCAAAACGUGCUGGUCCCUCCCCACCCGCAGAGAGCACGCCAGCCUAUGAAGGAAUCGACUGCGUUUCAGUGCGUCCUGAAGUGGCUUGAUGGGCCGCUAAUUAAGCAGGGAGUGCUAGAGGUGCUCUCGGAGGUGGGCUGCUGUCUGCGCGUGUCCCUCUUUGAUGUCACCUACCGACACUUUUUCGGGAGGACGUGGAAGACCGCCGUGAGGCCCGUGGAGCAGCCCUCCAGGCAGCCGUCCAGGAUCGUCUUCGAUGAGGGAGGAAUCCUGUCAAGUGUAGAUGAGUGGGGAUGUGACUGGAGUGAACGAGAGCCCCCCUCUUCAGUCCCGAGAGUUCUUCUCUUGCAGUCCUUGUAUUUUCACACGUCCUUAAACCACCCUAACAUCGUGGCUGUGGUCGAAGUGGUCACCGAGGGCAGGAGGCCGGAUGGCUCCCUCCAGGCUUUGUCAUGUGGGUUUGGAAUUCUUCGCAUCUUCGGCAACAGGCUGGAGUCUCCUACCUCAGCCUCCCAGGACAAGCGGUUGAAGCUGUACCACGGCACCCCCCGAGCCCUCCUGCACCCGCUUCUCCACGACCCCGUAGAACAAAACAAGCAUAUGACCCUCAUGGAGAGCUGCAGCCUGCAGUACAUGCUGAGGCCACACCCGCUCCUGGAGCCCGUGUUCCAUCUUCUUCCCGAGAAUCUUCUGGUGUCUGGUCUGCAGCACAUUCCUGGCCUCCUUCCCGCUCACGGAGAAAAGGGGGACGCCCUCCGAAAGCCUCGCCUUCAGAAGUCUGUCACGUGGGACUUGGAUGAUUUGUUCUUCACGCUCUAUCCUUCCCUGGAGAAAUUUGAGGAAGAGCUUCUGGAACUCCUCGUCAGUGAUCGCUUCCGGGAGGAGGGCAUUCCGCGGGACGGCGGCACGCUGGAGAUCCUGGAGCGGCGCCUGUGCGUGGGUGUGCACAACGGUCUGGGCUUCGUGCAGAGGCCGCAGGUCGUGGUGCUGGUGCCCGAGAUGGACGUGGCCUUGACGCGCUCUGCCAGUUUCAGCAGGAAAGUUGGCUCUUCUUCAAAGGCCAGCUCUGGAAACCAGGCUCUAGUUUUGAGAAGCCGCCUCCGACUCCGUGAGCUGGUCCGUCACCCUGCGUUCGCCAUCGUCUUUCAGCUGGAGUACGUGUUCAACAGCCCUUCAGGGGCAGACGGCAAGGCAACGUCGGUCACCCCUCUGUCCAGCGUGGCAUGCAUGCACAUGGUCCGCUGGGCUGUGUGGAACCCCUUGCCGGAAGCCGGCUCCGGAAAGGUGGUCUUACCUCUGCAGGGUGGGAUCCGGCCCAACCCGUCGCACCGUCUGGUCUACAAAGUGCCCCCAGCCUGCAUGAGCUCCAAAGAGGUGGAGCAGGUGGCAUCGGGGACGGUCCAGUUCCAGUACUUGCUGAGCCCCAAGGGACACCUGGACACGCUGCCAGGGCACAGCCACGGCCCGGAGGCGGAGCAACAGCCCUCCAGGAAGCCACCCGCGUCCCCUGCCAGCCCACCAGCGCUGCCAGCCCGGGGACACGCUGCCCCCCAGGACUCGCCCGUGGGACCAGGGCUGUCUCUCUCCCAGCUGGCGGCUUCCCCACGGUCCGCCGCCCGGUGCCGCUCGGCCACGCCGUCGUCCCCGCAACCUGCUGGCUCUGAGCCCUCCCCGGCCCAGGCGCAGGGGCUCCCCUUGGAGGGCAGGAUCUGUCACCUGGAAGCCGAGCUGAGCCAGGCGUCCUUGGUCCUGGGAGCAUCUGUUGCCGAACACUUGCAGGAGCUGCCUUUCACACCGGUGCACGUCCCGAUUGUCGCGGGCGUCCAGGCCAGGAGCUCUGGAAGUAAGCUCUCGCGGGCCUCGAUGGUGCUCCUGCAGGCCUCCGGCUUUCCUGAGAUUCUGGAUGCCAAUAAGCAACCAGCCGAGACUGUAAAUCCCGCAGACCCCGUGCAAUUCAACCCUCAGAAGGAAGAAUCCGAUUGUCUACAAGGCAACGAAAUAGUACUGCAGUUUCUUGCCUUUAGCAGAGUGUCCCAAGACAGCCGGGCAGCGCCGUGGCCAAAGACCGUGUAUUUCACCUUCCAGUUCUACCGUUUCCCGCCCGUGACAACGCCACGGCUGCAGCUGGUCAGGCUGGACGAGGCGGGCAGGACGCUCCCCGGUUCUCUGCUGCAUCUCCUGGUUCUUGCCGACAGAGAUGAUUCUUCCGAUGCUGGCUCUCCUGGCUUUCAGCUCAAGUUCCUGGCGGAGCCUGGAUUCCUGAGGCCCGGAGAGCAGAGUCGGUUCAGCCACUACCUGGCCGCGCAGGCCCUCCAGGUGGACGUCUGGGAUGGAGACUCUUUGCUCCUCGUUGGAUCUGCAGCCGUCCCGAUGAAGCAUCUCCUUCGCCAGGGGCGGCCGGCCGUGCAGGUCUCGCACGAGCUCGAGGUCGUGGCGACCGAAUAUGAACAGGACGUGGUGGUGAGUGGGGACGUGACCAGGCUUGGCAGCAUCCAGCCCAUCGGCGUCUACGCGGUGGUGAAGGGCUGGCUACACCUGACCCUGGCCAACAUAGGUCACGUGUGUGAGCAGAGAGUAAGGGAUUCCAGCACGUUGCCACCCUCCAGGUCACGGGUCAUCUCAAAUGACAGAACCGGCCACUUCGAGGGAGGCAGCCUGCUCAGGCGCGGGGCGCCGAGACCAGUAAAAAACGUGGUCCAAGCACAGAAGCUGGCUGAUGUGGACUGUGAGUUGGCCGCCAUGCUGUUUGUGCCCACGCAGCGCAGGAGCAAAGGGCCCCAGGGCGCCGGCCGCGAGGGGGACGCCGUCCGCAGGCGCAAGCUGGAGCGGAUGAGGUCCGUGCGCCUUCAGGAGUCCCGAGGAGAGCUCAGCUGCUGGGGGGCCAGCAUGCUGGCUCAGCAGAGCGUCCGCGCACAGCACGCACGCGACCUGCAGGUCAUUGCCGCCUAUCGGGAGCGCACAAAGGCGGAGAGCAUCACCAGCGCGCUGAGCCUGGCCAUCACCACGAAGCACACCGUGCACGUCACGCUGGGCACCGCCGAGUUCUUCGAGUUCGCCCUUCGGAAUCCCCACAACACGCAGCACACGGUGACCAUCGAGGUGGACAGCCCUGAGCUGAGCAUCAUCUCGGACAGUCGGGAGUGGAGGUUCUUCAAAGAAGCGGCCAAGCUGCACACGCCGGUGGAAGAGGACAUGUUCUGUCUGCGGGGCGGCCUCGCCCCACAGCUCUUCCUGCGCCCCCGGGAGACCGCCCACAUCCCCUUCAAAUACCAGACCUUCUCCGUGGGGCAGGCCCCUGCUGAGCCGAGCUCUGAGAAGGGCACGGACCCCGGAUCGCCCCAGAAGCGCAGUGCAACGCCGACCAAGCACGCCAAGGUCGUGUUCCGGGGCGGCGGCGGCAAGCCCAUCGCCGUGCUCUGCGUGACCGUGGAGACCCAGCCCCCCGCGGCGGACCAGGUCUUCCGCUUCUACCAUCCGGAGCUCACCUUCCUGAAGAAGGCCAUCCGCCUGCCCCCCUGGCACACGCUCCCAGGUGCUCCUGUGGGAAGACCUGGCGAGGAGCCCCAGGUCCAUGUCCGAUGUAGCGACCCGAACGUCAUUUGUGAGACCCAGAAUGUGGGCCCUGGGGAGCCACGGGACGUGUUCUUGAAGGUGGCUAGUGGUCGGAGCCCAGAGAGCAAAGACUUCUUUGUCCUCGUUUACACGGAUCGCUGGCUGGUGACACCUGUCCAAAUAUGGCGGAUCCACCUCCACUCCUUACAGCGUGUGGACGUGUCCUGCGUCACAGGCCAGCGGACCCGCCUGUCCCUUGUCCUUCGGGGGACACAGGCGGUUAGGAGAGUGCGAGCUUUCACCUCACACCCCCAGGAGCUGACAACUGACCCCAGAGGUGUGUUCGUGCUGCCCCCUCGCGGGGUGCAGGACCUGCAUGUGGGCGUGACGCCCCGCAGGGCGGGGACCCGGUUCAUCCACCUUAACCUGGUCGAUGUGGACUACCACCAGCUGGUGGCCUCGUGGCUCGUGUGCCUCUCGUGCCGCCCUCCUCUCAUUUCCAAGGCCUUCGAGAUCACGCUGGCCGCAGGGGAAGGCAAGGGCGCCAACAAGCGCAUCACCUACACCAACCCCUACCCCACCCCGAGGACCUACCGCCUGCUCAGCGACCGCCCGGACCUGCUGCAGUUCAGGGAGGAGUCCUUCCAGGUUGGGGGAGGAGAGACCUACACCAUCGGCCUGCGGUUUGCAUCUCGCCAGAGCGCCGGGGAGGAAGAGAUUCUGAUUUACAUCAACGACCACGAAGACAAAAACGAAGAGGCCUUCUGCGUGAAGGUCACCUACCAGUGAAGUGGUGGCUGGAGGGGCCGGCACGGCCCUCCUGCCGUAGCACGGGGACAGACGCACGUGCUCUGGCCCCUCCUCCCCUCGUGCCCUGCUGGGGCCACUGGUGAGCGUGGCCGAGGGUGGAGGGGGCGCCGUGCUCCUGACCGCUCUUACUUCGGCGACAGCCACGCGGCGAGCCCCGCGGGCGUCCUCAGCGAGGGCACGGCGCCGAGAAGCGCGGGGCUCGUGUCUCUCUGCUGUGCUCGGGAGAUCGUCACUGUUUAUGAUGUUGAUUUGCUUCUCAGCAAAGUGUAUUUUAUGAAUCAUCUUAAAUGAUAAAAUUAUGUUUUCUUACUGGAUUUUGUACAAACGUGAUUUGCUAUGCAAUGUUUUAUAUUGGUAUUAUUUCAUAUCUUUUUUUAAGUUGUGGUGGAAUACUAAACCUUCUCCGGUUUUCUCUG